GGAUAACUUCUUCUUGGACAUCCUUUGCUCGUUCCUACGACCCGUUACUACCUUAUCGGUAUAUGACAAACGGAAAUCCUUGAGACAAACGGCACCAUGCCUUCUUCGGACGGUAAGUUAUGGACGGCCAACAUUGCCAACGAUGAGACGAGCAUUGCGGCAGCAUCGCUUUUGCGUGUGCUCGAAGGUGUUGCAGUUGCUACCAACGCACCUGAUGGAUAUGUUCAACCAUUAGCCCAGUGGCUACGACACUACGGAGUCACUAAAGGCAGCAAUCCGCCUCUAGGUACACCACCGACCGAUGCCAAAACGACCCUUGAUCUCGCUCUCCCCUUUGGCGAAUGGCGUGCGGCCAUUGCUUCCAGUUCCGAGAACAACAAAGAAGGUGUCCAGCAGCUCGCCCAAAUUACUCUGGCUGUUGCGUUACUGCGAGAGAAGGCACGGCGCGGGCUGGAUGUUGACACAGCGAGCCUCGAUACAAUCUGGAGUCUGAUCCACAAAGCUAUCAUCAGUGCGCAAGGAACUAAGCUUCAGCUCCUUGUUUGCCGCAGUGCUCAGGGAUUUCUGGCUGUCCCGCUAUGCAGUCUGCUUAAAGAUGGCCGCAUUGAGGAACUAUGGCGGUUGCAUACAUGGCUGCCUGAUGGGCGGCGGGGCGAGUUUGAAGUUUGCAUUCAUGCCCACCAGCCAUUUGCACAAAGUUGGACAUUACUGGGACAUGGCACAAACUGCAACUUCAAAGUCGACAGCCCUGAUGAUCCCUCUUUGACCACUCAUGCAACUUAUGGAUGUUGCUAUGUCGCCGAAGAUGGCAAGCUGGGUGGGUCGGGAUAUCUCCGAAUGAGCUCAACCAUAAGAAACACGGGAAGACUCGUAAGAGUUACUCCGGGCAGCCGCGAACCGCAUUCGCGUGACAUGACUUACAGCGUUCCGGCGGGCGCGUACCACCGAUCAAUUGUGUCAGGUAGCAGAGUGCAUGCAACGUUUUUCGUCUUCGAUGCGCACCGCGGCUACGUCGACAACACUGCUGUUCUCGGCCCGAAGGAUGGUAGUGAGUGGGCACAACCACGAGAUGCGGAUGGUAUCACGCCCCAAGCCCUAGCACAAACGGUGGGCGCAACUCGAAAUUGGGAGCAAGCGCAAGGAGUCACGCUUGAAGGGGACGAUGAAAAUGCUACUGUGAUGGGCUAUUACAGAUUCUUCCGUGGUUUAGGACUGCUGCAGGCUGGGCGACGAGAAGAUGCAUUGCAGUAUUUCAAUCCUCCUAAGGGUUGCACACCUGCGCAAGCGUUCGCUAGGGAGCCCUCGCAGCAGCACCGUGAAUACAUCAAGAAGCUCAUUGAAGUAGAGGCUGACUUAGACCUGGUGGAUGAGUCAGGCUACAAGGCAUUGGACUAUGCGGUUCAAAACGGAGAUACUGAGACCGAAGCACUCAUUCGUGGACAGCCAUCGGCAGCAUAGCGGUGAGCGCAGAAUCAGGGAGGUAGCGUGGUAUAUACCUUACGCAUGGUAUGCAAGAGUAACGCUAAUAUUUAUCUUGUCUCAAAAUGUCAUGAAAUUCCAUAGAAAUCUCGUUGCAAUCACAAUGACUCGAUUCUCUCCC